AUGGGUUGCUUCCCCUGCUCCGGGAAAUCCAGUGAAAAGCAGGAAAAGAAAAGGGGCGAUCAGGCCAAAGCGGCGCAAGGUAUUGAGUCAUUACCUAUCUAUUUUGUUGUGGUUUAAUUUGCAUCCAUCAGUUUUCAUUACAUUCGCUUCGGUCGCCGCUCCUCGGAUCUUGCCAGUAUAUAGUAGAUUUCUAACCUUCUGUUCCCAUUCUCUGGUCCGAUCAUCGUGGAUUUGAGGUGACAAUUAGGGUUAUGCUUGUUUUUCGACUCUUCCCGUCGUCUGCGAUGGGACUUCUUUGGGAAGCCUAUUAUCGUCGAGGUGAAAACAUGGAACCCCGUUUGUCAUUUUAAUUGCCUCUCCUCAUCAAGCGUUUUUUUGGUAAGGUUGCAUCUGGAUGUACUUUGUUUCGAAUGAAAUGACAAGCUCCUGCUGGAACUCUAGCUCCUAAUGUUCAGAAGUUCUGUCGAAAAAUCUAUUGUCGAAGCCUGGAAAAGUUCUUUUAGAAACGGGUUGCUUCACGAUGGCUUCUCUCUCUCUCUCUCUCUCUCUCUCUCUCUCUCUCUCUCACUCUCAACAAAUCAUACUAUUUUGGUAGCCUACGUCGAUUCUCAAUCUUGUGGGGAUCUGUAAGAAACCCGGUGUAGACCAAGUCCCCAAUUUCUGCUUGUUCUAAUCCGAUUACCCUAAUUGGCUGCUGGAUUAGAUAGCGUAGGAUUAUUUUAUUGGUCAACGAUGGCUUACUCUUUCUAAUCACCAAAAGUGGCGAAGAGACAGAGUAGAUAGAUAUUUAUAUGCGUGUGAGCCAAUGUAUUUCUAUCAAUGAAGAUGCUAAAGAAUCUACUGGGCUGUAAUUUGACUGGAUUUCCGGUGUGGAGUUAAAUUCUUUUUCAUGAAUUUUUGGGUGCCACACUUGAGUUUUCCUUGCGUCAAGUCGGUCAACUUAUCCCAUUAUGUAUUCUUAUCCACAGAAUGAGAACAUUCAAUCCAACUCUCUGAAGGGUAAGCUUUUCUUCUCAGUCUCGAUUACUCUAACCCACUCAACAAUUUCUUUCUGCAUUUAUUAUGCCCUCUGCCUCUUCUUCAGUUCCCAUCAACCCUAGUUAUAUCUCGUCUGUGUUUCUCACCCACCGUCUCACUGUGGACAGAGAAACUGGGAUCAGCUGCAGCAGUAGGGUUGAAGAGAGAUGGCCCAUUGAACAGGUCAGAUAGGAAGGAGGCUCCGAGGAGCGGUGAAUCUGAACAUAUUGCUGCUCAGACGUUUACAUUCCGUGAGCUAGCAGCUGCUACGAAGAACUUCAGAGCUGAUUGUCUCCUGGGCGAAGGAGGAUUUGGUAGAGUUUACAAGGGCAGAUUGGAGAGCACCAGUCAGGUUAGCUGAUGAUGAUGAUGAUGAUGUCUUCUUUAAUGCACAUCGAUACUGCGUCCCAUAUUCCCUUGAAUAUCAAUGCCUGUUCAUAUUACCCUGCAUGUUAAUGCAACCCACAUGAACAUAAACCUUUCCAAGGGGGAAAAAAGAUAUGCGAAUACAGGCACACUGGGUACAGGUAUAACGUCUUGGGAAUUUCCAUGGACGGGCUGAUUCAGACAAAGCUGAUUCAUGGUUAUAUAUACUUUGUGCCGAUGAUUUGUGACGGUGAUUUCAUCUUGCUUUCCAUUGCAAAUUUUAUUUAUAUUUCUCACAAUUUAGUGAACAAAAAAAUUAAUGAUCUUUAACAAGAAAAUAAUAUAUGAAACUGCGUUGUCUUUGUCAUAGAUUGUGGCUAUAAAGCAGCUUGAUCGGAAUGGCUUGCAAGGGAACAGGGAAUUCCUUGUGGAAGUGUUGAUGUUGAGUCUACUUCACCAUCCUAAUCUCGUCAAUCUGAUUGGCUACUGUGCCGAUGGAGAUCAGAGGCUUCUGGUCUACGAGUUCAUGCCCCUCGGAUCUCUGGAAGAUCAUCUUCAUGGUAUACAACCCACGCCUCAUCACUGGUUAUUUGACUUGGCUUUUCUUAUCGAAGGUCUAGAAUAACCAUGGUGAAGAAUUACUCCCUGAAAUGUGGUGCAUCAAACAGAUUUGCCAUCCGAGAAGAAAAGGCUAGACUGGAACACCCGGAUGAAGAUUGCUGCUGGCGCUGCUAAGGGUUUGGAGUACUUGCACGAUAAGGCCAACCCCCCGGUCAUAUACCGUGAUCUGAAAUGCUCGAACAUCUUACUCGGGGAAGGGCAUUUCCCCAAGUUAUCGGACUUUGGGCUGGCAAAACUUGGCCCGGUUGGAGAUAAGACCCAUGUUUCCACGAGGGUCAUGGGCACAUACGGCUACUGUGCCCCUGAAUAUGCCAUGACGGGGCAGCUGACGCUGAAAUCGGAUGUCUACAGCUUUGGAGUGGUUCUUCUGGAGAUUAUCACCGGAAGAAAAGCCAUCGACAACUCGAGAGCUGCCGGAGAGCACAACCUGGUUGCUUGGGUAGGCCCCCCCUACCCUCCCCAUCUUCAUCUCCAUCUCCAUCUCCAUCUCCAUCGUGUAGGUUUCAUCCUCUUAUGGAUUCCACUGGGUUCUCUUUAUUUCUGAACUUUGGUCUGAUGGAGACCCCCCCUGUCAAAUCUUGCCUUCUUGGUCGCAGGCCCGACCGUUGUUCAAGGACAGGAGGAAAUUUUCCCAGAUGGCCGACCCGUCGCUCCGGGGCCAAUACCCCGUGAGAUGCCUCUACCAGGCGCUUGCUGUCGCCGCCAUGUGCGUGCAGGAGGAUCCCACCAUGCGGCCGCUCAUCGCCGACGUGGUCACCGCCCUCAGCUACCUCGCUUCGCAGAAGUACGACUCCGAGGCCCAUCCGCCCCAGACUUCUCACCCGGCCAUGGCGGGGGGAACUCCCCCUCGGCCAUGGAAGGACUGA